UUCAUAAAGUCUGAACUGAAGGUGGGCGUCAUUUACGUGAAGGAGGGGCAGUACACCGAGGAGGAGAUACUGGACAACAACGACAACAGCUUCCUGUUCGAGGAGUUCUUGCAGAUCCUGGGGGACAAGGUUCGCCUCAAGGGUUUCGACAAGUACAAGGGCGGACUGGACACGGUGCACGACCUGACUGGCCUGUACUCGGUGUACACCAACUGGCGAAGCAUCGAGAUCAUGUUCCACGUGUCGACGCAGCUCCCCUACGAGAGGCACGACCCCCAGAAGCUGCAACGUAAGCGGCACAUCGGCAACGACAUCGUGUGUGUGGUGUUCCUGGAGGCUGACAACACGUCCUUCUCGCCCGCCUGCAUCAAGUCCCACUUCUUACACACGUUCAUCCUCGUACGGACCAGCCCGCGGAUAAAGAGGAAACCCACUCGAUACGAAGUGUCCGUGGUGACCCGGGACGAGGUGGGUGCCUACAAGCCCUACCUGUGGGAGCAGUCGGUUUUCGACAAGGGCCCGAUGUUCCGGGAGUGGCUAAUCGUGAACGGCGAGCGCGCAAGCUACUCUGCGCCGAAAUUCGCGCGCAUGCAAGAGCGCACGCGCUCUCAGAUGCUCGAGGACAUAGUUGCCAACCUUGCGAACCACGCCGAGACCGGGCAGAUUCCAAAACCGUAUCGGCGCGGGUCAUGGCGUCCUAUCGGACACAUGCGCCCAUCCAGUCCUCUUCUGGACUCAGUCCGUGACCAGUUUGAGGACUACGAUCAGUUGGCGAAGGACUUCACGCGGAUGUUCCUGAACAACGACGAGAACACCAUCGCCAACGCGAGCCUCUUCGACGUCGUGUUCUUGGUUGGACAGAGCAAGCAGAAGACGAAGUUCAUCGGAGUCAGGGCCAUCCUGGGGGUCCGAAGUCGCGUGUUCCAAGAGAUGUUGUACGGGAUAUCGACUGGGUUUGGUUCCCCCCAGGUGCCAGUGGCAGAAUUGCUGGCCCGUGCUGUCCCCACCCUCCACAGCCCACAGAAACCUAAGAGCAGCAACUUCCUCCAGGUUCCUGACAUGGAGUCACCCAGGCCCAAAAGCGUACCUAGCUCACCCAUGGUGAAGCGAGCAUUUUCUCGCCUUGGCAACCUGACAGCUGGUUGGGGCCGAUCCAUUCGCAAGCAGCACUCCCAACUCACUGCCGACGACAAGAAGAAGUGGUCCUCCUCACAGGACUGCUCCAAUAAGGAAGGUAAAGAUAAGGACAAGGAAGGGAAGUCACAGAUUCCACAGCUUGCGGUCCCUCGACUCAGCGUCUGUGCUGAUGCUCAGAAGGUGGACAGGACCAAGCUUGCACAGACUGAGUUCCCAAUAAUAGAGUUUGACCCGGAGACAUUCCGGAUCCUGUUGGACUACCUCCACACAGGCUCCUGUCCGUUGACAUGCUCGAAUAUCCCAGGGCUUAUCUGUGCCGCAGAGCAUUAUGAUCUUCCUGAGUUACUACAAGCAUGCUUCCAUCAUGCAAAGCAGUUCCUUCGGAUAGAAGUGGUUUGCAUCAUGCUUUGCUCACUAGAAAACUAUUAUUGGAGGUAUACUUCAGCCUCUGAACUCGUCAAUAUGAUUCUUGCCUUUGUGGAGGGUAGAGCACACCAGCUGUUUCAGGUGCAAGACUUCCUAAUGCUAUCUGAGUCAAUGGUUCAGAUGAUAAUGUGCCGCAACCUUGAUGUGCCCGAGGUAUGCAAGUUUGAAGCAAUGCUGGGAUGGGCACGCCACAAAAUACGCACCAAGACAUCGUCCAAAAUGGAUGCCAAGUUGGAAUUCAAAUGCAUUAUGGAGCGACUUGCUCGUGAUCUCAAGCUUUAUAGGAUAUCUCCUCAGGAACUCAUCAAGAUUGUGCUACCAAGUAAAGCGAUCAAGAAUGAACGCAUCCUGGAGACACUGAUGUUCCAGGCGAACUCUGGCAUGUAUCGGGUACAAGACAGUUAUCUGGCUGCAUGCCAACAGAGGCUUCAGCAACAAGACUCAAGGAUGAGUGAAUGGGAAUCCUUUGACUAUGGCAUGUAACGUGUUUAGCUACUCUUGUAUGGUCCACUGGAAGAGCAUCAGAAACUGCGUCAUGUACUGGAAAAUACUCGCAGCCCUUAGUGUGAUCAGUGUUCUUGUGUUUGUUAAGAAGAGACAGUGCACUUGCACAAACACAUAAAAACAUCAUCUUUCAACACAACAGGAUGUGAAGAAAGACAACAGAAUUUACGUCCAAAAUGUAGCAUAUGUACUCAUUAAUUUUAGCUUAAUGUAUAUUUUCUCUCCCAUUCCUUAUUAAAUUACAUACAAAUAUCUCAAGAGAGGGAGAGAGAGAGAAAGAGAAGGCAUAAUUUCUUCAUACUUGCUGACAGUCCAGAGUGUGAACUACUUUGACAAUAUCCUCGCACAAUUCCCAAGACUUCCCGAGCAGAAUCCUGGAUUACAUAACCUUGGUGAGAUCCUUAGGUUGGUAAUUUUUGCACUUUUUAUAUAAAUCAUGUCUGUGUAUCUCAGACAGAAUAAAACUUCCAGUCAUUGAAUGGAAACAAUCUUGCUAGUUUUCACAGUGAUACAUCAUAAAAUUUGCUGGCCCUUUGUUACAUCUUGGAUCUAUGUCAUCUUUUAGGACCAUCUUCAGCAACUUAACUGAAUUUCUGAUUUACUGCCUGUUUUAUUGCGGUGAACGCCAUGGAGUCAUUUCCCAAAUGCAACAAAGCUUCAUUUUAUGAAAAAUAUUGUGAUACAUAGCAGAAAUUUCUAAUACCAGUUAACAUUCUUAUAAAAAAAUAUUAUGUUGACUUCUACUGCAGUUAAUUCAUUGAAGUGACAUUUAUUGUAAUUACGACCAUGACAUUUAAGGUAUUAGAUCUCUAUAUUUUGCCAUUAACUGUAAUGUUUCCUUUUAUGUUAAAGUGACAGCAGAUACGUCAGACAUCUGAAAAACAGCUACGUUUUAACUAUCGCAGUAGGUGUAUAUAUAAGUAUAUGAUGUGCAGUUACAGUUGAUACCAUCAGACUUGUGCUUUUUGACAGUGACUGUAGUUUUAUGUCAGUAGGUGUUUCUGUUCCAUCAAAACUAUCUCUUGUGUUUGUUACAUGCAGUAACUGUAUGUCAGUGUUCAUUGAUGUUCAUCACUAUAGCAUUUUAUUAUGCGUACAAGGUUGUUGAAAGAUGUACUGCAUCACCUGUUGAAUGUGAGUAAUGUACAGCUGUGGGAAGUAUUUGAUUUGCCUGUUGCCAAAUUUUACAUAUUUUAAAUAUCACAUUUGUUACAUUACACGUUAACUAUAUGAAUUUAUAAGGGGGCUAAUGACAAGUCAUGAUGUAGAGGUCUAAUAAUGUAUUUUGUAAAUAGAGCUGGCUGUUGUAAAAUCACAUUCUGGGAAGAGAGGUGAUUUUAAUUGAAAACAUUGAAUGUCAGUAUGUCCAGGGGUAAAAUAUUUGAAAGUUUUAUUAUUACCAGUGUCACUACACAAAUAAUCAAUUUAAGGUUACAUCCAGUAUAAACCCUUUUUUUUAUUUCUUUAGCUCACUGAAUAGUUCUAGUGUGAAAUUAAUAUAGUGAUGGAAUAUUACACAUGUUUUUGCCCAACUUAAACUGGUGCCCUCUAUAACACAGUUUACGGGGUCCGUAUUGUAAAAUCAUGUUACAGUAAAGACUGCAUUAUAACCAGAUUUUUAGUCCAAACUACAUGAAUUCCAUAAUGAAAUUACACUUCAUAGGAAGUCAUAGUGUGGUUCCAUAUUUUACAGUCAAAAGUUUUUUUAUCAGAACAGACCAUUUUAUUACACCAAUUUUAAAAAUCAAUUGGGGAUAAAAGUAUAAUAAUGAAGGAUUGAAUUAAAAUUACAGCUAUGCAAGAAAUUAAAUGAAAUAUCAGCACUUUCAAGAAGGCUGAAAGAUGUUCUUAUUUGCCUGGUAAAAAUUCAGUCAGUCUGGAAAAGUCCAAGAAUAAUAUGCAGAGAGAAUACAAUAGAGCCAAGAACUUUUAGAAAACUGUUAACAGGUUUGGUUGAUUAAAACUAUACAGUAUAAAAAAUACUGCUUGUACAUUAUAAAAUACACCAAGUUUAAAUGAAGUAUUAAGAACUGAACAAGAAGCGAUAAGAUAUGAAAAGAUUUCGAAAAGUAGAAACAUUAAAAGAAAAAUUGCUGAAAUUAAACAUUUUGUGACAUGUGUAUUUGAUGUACAUGGGUAUUGAUAGGAUUCAAUUUAGAUCAUAAAAAUUAAGGUCAUCUUAAUACAACUUAUAUAAGAAUGAAGAAGGGAAGUUGUGGAUUUGGCGAAAGACUCUGGACUAUUAUUCAGAAUGAUCUUGGUUUGAUCCCCUGUCAAAUCUGUGUGUAAAUUCUGCUUACAAUUAAAGUCGUCACUUCUAAGAAAGGUAACAUUUCAGCUGGAAAAAGUGAAGUUCAGAGCACUCAGACUGGAUGGCCCCUCUGCUGACUAAUAUCUUCAUACUCACCUCCAUAAUGGUGGUAAUGGAAUUCAACCCAAGGCCCUCCCUCCAAGGGGAUAUUAGGUAUCAACCAACAAAAAUUAAAAUAUUCAAUAAGCAAACAUCCUUUCAUAGAAAAUCUAAGAAUAAUAUAUAUUUACCAGCUAAGCAACUAAAAUAUACAAACAGAUAGGAUCAUUUGGUUUGGAACCAAAUUCUUCAAGUUUUGAAAUUAUUUUAAACAACAUUUUAUUUAUAUAAAUAUUAGCAAAACAGGAUCCAAGAAGUAAGCUGAAUAUCAUGCAAAUUCUUGGGUCCAAUCUUCCUAUGCAUGUGACAGUAUGAAAUAAUAAUGGUCUUUUUGCAUAAUUUUUGAAUGCAAUAAAUUUGCCCAGAAAUAUCAAAAUGAUGAGGUUUAAAUUACAUAUUGUCAAAUGAUACUGGUAGUAUUAAGACUCUUUAUGUACAUGAACUGUGGUUUUAGAUUACACUUCUUCCAUGUUUGCCCAUUCACUGAUUUGUGCAAAGAACAGGUGUGCCAAUUGUACAAAAAUUAUGUACACCUGGACCUUGAUGUGUCUGCUCAUUUCUUUCCUGUGAAUCUCUUAAACAGUGUCUGGCUGCUUGGAUGAAUGGAUCACAGCUUCCUGUCUCCCAGAGUGUUACAAUAUAUUGUUGUAGGUUUGUAAAGUUUCUAUCUUAAUCACAUGCUGCACAUGUAUAUGGAACACACACACAUAUUAUAUUCAUACAUAUAUUUUUAAGUACAUGAUAGUGUUGAAAAGAUGAGUUUGAAAAUUUUAUAUGAAAAUUUAUAAAAAAUUACUGAAAGAAAAAAGCUGUCUGUGAGUGCUUGAUUUAUUAUAUGGUAAUGUGAUAUACAAGUAGGAUUAAACCCAUAAAAAACUGACAUCUGUUUGUGUUUUUGUAGGCAUUCCAGAGGUUGGAGGCCAUAUUGUUAAACAGUAUCCUAUGUAAGUUGUAAACACACAACCAGUUCAUAUAUUUAAAGCAGAGGUUUAAUGCAAGUUACCUACUGUACACAAAAAUGGCCUAUUAUUAUAAGUGUAUCUUCCAGUAAUUUGGGGUGAGGGGUGAUGUGGGGGACAGUAUCUGUAAUAUAUUAAAUUAGACUGGAUUUUAAAAUAAAUGAUAUUUCUUGAA